AUGUUUGCUUUUAAAUUGCAUUAUUAUAUAUCUUCCUACCCAGACUCUAUGCAGUUCUUAACUUCAUGUCUUUUAAUGAUUUUAUUUGUUUUCAAAGUUGGUCACUCAGUACAAAGGAAACCAAAGCCCGUUAACGGUCGAACACAUCACUGGAGGUGUUAUGUGGAUAGUUGGAAUCCUCGUUACCCAUUGUCCGCGUUUGUAAAAAAAGUCACCUUCAAACUGCAUAAUACCUUUGAAAAUCCAAGACAAGUUGUACGACAAGCUCCAUUUGCUAUUGAAGAAGAUGGUUUUGGAACAUUCCAGUUACAGAUUGAAGUUGCCUUCCUUGACUGCGUUACCACAUUCUACUAUGAUUUGACACUUUUCGAUCAAAAUGCUUUGCAUACCUAUCGUACAAUACAACUGGAUCCAGCACCUGAAGACUGGGAUAAACUUAUCCAACUAGGCGGAAUUGCUGUACCACGAACUUCAAAUCAGUGUACUGUGCAUGAAAUUGUUCAAACCAUUCAAUCGUAUUCUGAUUUGGAAUCACUUCAUCCAUUUUCAUUCUAUCCAGAGUUGGAAUCGACUAAAAAAUCGACCAACAAAGAUAAAUUAGCUACAUCAACAAGUCAAGCGAAAAUGCAUGAUUAUUCUAAAACUGAUGCAUAUUCAGAUGUUAACCACAGUUUACAAGUAUCGUCAUCUUCAUCUUCAUCUGAUCGUUUGCUGACAAAUCAAUUUCUCCCACAAAAGCAUAAAAAGAAACUUCAGUUGUUACAUGAAGCUCAAUUAUUAUUGGAAAAGGCGCAACAAAGUCAGAAUUGGGCACCAGUAAUUUCCCCACCGCCACCACAAAUACAGCCGCCCAUGAUUACAAAUAUAAACAGUCCUGAAGGUAGUCAUAUGCCUUCUCCUGAUCCAUCUACAUGGUCAUCACAUUUCAGUCCAUCGAGGUCCAGUCUACAUGAGCAAACUGAUAUAGUCGAACAGGAUCAUCACUCCUACAAAAGCCAAAAAUCCCCUGUGGUACAUUUUCAUCGCAAAAUAACCAAGGACACACCUUUCAUGAAAUCACCAAAAUCUGAUCCGACUAAAAUAAGUUAUGUAGUCGACUCUAACAAACAAGAAAAUUCUGCGCCUAAACAGCGUAUUGUCCUAAAAUUAUCACGAUCAAGUUGUGGGAGCCAGUUAUCAGUUUCAUCUUCACAACCCCUUGAUGAUGAGUUUGCUGUUGAGAAAUUAGAUAGAAAAAAACACAAGAAGGAAUCUAAGAAAGAACGUCAUGACAAAAGUUCAAGGGGUUCAUCAUCGAAGCAUUCACUGACUAAUCGUCCCAAUACAACGGUCAGUACUACUGUUGCCGGUAUGUCAGAUAAGGACAUGAUUGAGACUCAUAUCAUGAGCAAGUUGUCGUCGCAGAUAUUUUCUUCAGAAACAUCAUCAACUUCGUCUAAAAAGCAUUAUUCACCUAGAAAGUAUUCAUCUCGUGAUACGUGUUCAAAUAAUUCGAGUCCCAGACUGGUAUAUAGUCAACGUAAAUCAGGGAAUGCAAGUCCUAAAAUCCGCUCUGAAAUUAGCAGUAGUGAAAGUCAUAGCAAUAAAAGCAAUAGUGAUGCGUCAAUGCUCGGAAGUGCAAACGUAAAGGAGGAUUCAUUAAAACUCAGUAAAAAAGGGGAGGAAAAUGAACUUUCACAUCGAGUAAGUCAACAGCAACGGCUAAAACAUCAAUAUUCUCCAAUGAAUGAAUUACAACAAGUUGGGAAGGACGCAUUUACAUCUGAUGCUGAUUCUCUAGGUGAUUCUUAUAGUCGAUCAACACAUUCCCAUUUACUUCUCUUGGAUCAGAAAGAUGACGAUUAUCAUGAUGGUUGUUUUCCAAACGAUUCUGGGAGAGAAACACCAGUAGUUGAUUAUUUCGGUGACGAAAUGCAGCAGCAGAGAGAACAGCAUUCUACUUCAGUCCCGCAUUCUAUUCCCCCACCAGCUAUACUCUCUUCAUCAAAUGUGAGGAAUUUCAGGUAUGCUGACGAAUUAUCGGUUGUCAGCGGUCAUAAUCCUGGCUAUUCAGCUGCUAGCGAUGGUGGUAGUAGUCGUCCAUAUGAUCCCGAAGAACGGUUGACACAUUCAGUCGCAGCUACCAGUAGUGAAUUGUAUGAGGAAGAUUUUGAUGAUUUUACACCACCGAAAACUUACUCUACGAGUGAUGAGUUAAAUAAACCAACCAACCAAAUAUUGGCAUCUAAAUUUACUGAUCAAAAAUGUGUUAAGCGAAGUAAAAUAGACUCGGAUGAAUCUCAGCUAUCACUUGGUAAAAGUAAACAAUAUAUUGAUGACAAAACUGAGUCAAGACUGUCGAAAAAAUCAAAGAUUAAGAUUUCCGCUAACAGUUCAAAUAAAUGUUUGUCGUAUUCAGAUGUAGAUUUUAACAAGUCGAUUGAUCCAAAUAUUCCAGCAAAACAACCGAAAAUCUUAAAUCUUUCAAAAUCAUCAGAUGAUCGUCAGUCUAAAUCACUUAGUCUUUCAGAUAGUCAUUCCGUAGAAGUGCAUAACAGACAAAAGUCAAGUGUAAAGAAAUUCAAGUCAUAUGAUAAAUCUUCAUGUAAACCAUCGAUUACAACUGUUGAUCAUACCAAACAGUUUGAAAAUUCACCAGGACACAACAAAACAUGUCUGUCGAGUAAAGAUAAAGGUGUGAAGCAUACGAAUAAGUCUACAAAGAAUGACAGACAACCAGAAAGUUCAUCGAAAGUUUCUAGUGAGUACGAAACUUUUAGCUCCAUUUCAAUCUCAGGAACACAGAAAUCUUCUAAAGUCCUAAACUCCACUGAGACGAAAAAGCCGACUAAACCGAAAAAGUAG